AUGUUCACGCGGAUGCUUCGCUCGGCUGCGGUCUGUUUGUGGUUGCCGCUCCCGGUUCUCGCGGCGCCGGUCGAGAUCGAGAUCGAUCCCGCGGAUUCGGAACUCGAGGUGAUCCUCCUGCUGCUGGGGGUCGGAGACAGCGAUACGUCGCCUCUGGCCGGCACCGUGGUGAUCGAUCUGGACGGGACGCCGCCCACGGGGCAACUCACGAUCCUCGAUGUUCACCUGCGGGCGACCGAGAAGAUCGAGCACUCUCUGACUUUCGGCCUCCCGGGGGUGCUCACGCAGAGCACGGACGGACUCGAGAUCAAUGCCGCGGAACCGGGGAUGCCCUCGGCGCCGGCGGUCUUCGAUGGGGCGAUGUUCGAUAUCUUGCACCUCGACGUUGAGCUCGCCGGGACAGGGUCCCACGACGCGUCCGGUCUGGUGUGCACGGUUCUGCAGGGCGAGGGCAUCAAUUGCGAGGGCACGACGAACCUGGCCGCGCUGGGUGACGUGGUCGUGCCGGAUAUCAGGGGCGUCCUGGCGGUCGAGGGCGAGGAGGUCACCGUGACGCUCUUCUUCGAUGUGGAGGUGCCGUACGAGGGGCUGGGAUCGCUCGUUCUCAGCGGCCGAGCGGCCGGGGUCGGGACGCUUCCUGAUCUGAAGUGCGCCGGCGACUGUGACGGGAGCGGCGAGGUCGAUUUCAACGAUCUCGUAGCCAUGCUCUUCGAGUUCGGCCCGGGGCAGGACGCAGCGUGCGACCCGGACGCGACGGGCGAGGUCGAUUUCAAUGAUCUGGUCUCGGCGCUGUUUCUCUUCGGGCCCUGCUCGUAG